AUGAGCAACCCGAACAAACAAGUGUUUGAAUAUCGCGGACCACGUACGGCUGAAUGUUACAAUCAGUUUUUCAAUCCGAACAUGUGUCACGUUUGUAAAUCGGUAGACAAAGGCAAUUUAAUAUUAUGUAAUAAAUGCCGUUUGAUUUCUUACUGCGGCGAGGAGCAUAAAGCGAAGCACUACACGGAACACGAGGAGAUCUGUAUAAUUAUAAGACGUCUCUCGCGAGUGAAUUUACAGAAAGACAAGCGCAGGUUUAGCAACUGGCAACAAUGGAUUCAAUCGAGAGCUGAAUUUGUGGAAUCAAUCCAACAGAAACUUAAGCGUCCAUUAGAAGCGUACGAGAAGCAAAUGAUCCUGUGGCCAAAGUCAUGUAUUAUGUGUUAUCAACAGACUGAACUGCAAACUUGCCAAAGAUGCUUCUCCACUAACUAUUGCGUCGCACAUGCGCAAGCCGUUACCAGCAAACAUAAUGAUGACAAGUGCGAGCGAUUAGUACGAUUGCUCAACAUAGAUAUCGAAACUGUUUCCGGUAGAACAAUUGACAUAUCAUACAGCUUUCUUAUAUCUGUUAAUCAGAGGAGUUAUUUCGAAGAGAUGCUUGAAUUUUGUAUGAACUAUGUACUAAUGUCAAGGAACGAUGUAGAUUGGCUCGCCAAAGACUACGUUCUGUCUGAUUACCUUUCAGGACCGUUGACUAUCUAUUUUGGGACUUCGAGAUUUGAAUUAUUAAAUUUUAUCUUGGAGAAGUGCACAGUUAUCCAUGUUCUAGCAGCAAAUUCCGCGGAUAGAAAUGGUCUACCAGCUUGGGAAGUUUUGUUGCACCUUCUGCCAGUAAUUACAAAAUUAGUGAUUAUUAUGGUAGGACCGGAAUUAAUAUACGAAUCUAACAAGCAAAUACUUUGUGAACUAUGCACAGAUAGGAACAGGGAGUUCGUUUUCUUUUCAUUUCCUAUGUUAUACUGCGAAUUUUUACAAUCACCUGGUAAUUAUAGGGAACCAAAUAUAGUUGUAGUGUUUCAUCCCGAUAUUACGGAGAUUACACAGAUAGAAUUAUUAGAAGAAAUACAAGGAUUGCUCUGCCCGUUUUUUCUAAGUUUUUCUUCCGAACAGAAGGCUCAAGAAAACAUAAGAAUGAUACAAAAGAGCUUAAACACAGGUAUAAAUCCUAUUUUUAAUGGCAGGAAUUAUUUCGCAGGCCUUGCGCCACACAGAGACAUUGAUACUGGUAAUACAUAUUUUCGAAAUGAACAUAUAAUUAUUUACGAAGAUUUAGGUGACUCUGUCAAAUGA